AACAGCCCUGCGAUCCAAGGAUUAUUACGACCGUCACUAGGUUAGUGGUAUCACGACUAGUUACAGCAUACGGUAGUAGCACAUCCUUCUGCUGCAUGGCGCCCUAUUCGAUCACUGUAGCCCGAUCAUUCCCCUCCGUCCCUCCCUCCUCCACGAUUCAAUGCAUUCAACGGAGGGCAGUCGACGUUCACACCGCCGACGACCAGAUCUGAAUAUCAAUACUCUGGCUGCGACCCCCAAGUCCUCCUCGCAACAGAAUAGGCGAGCCGCGACGCCCACAAGCCCACCCCAGCGAAAGCCGCCGAUACCCUCCAGGAACAGACCCCCUGUGUCGAGCCGGGCGCUUAAAGUGCAACCACAAUCCUCCGCAGCUUCGAGUAGUGGGCGAGAUAGGGACAGAGACAGAGACAGGGACACAGACAGAGAUCGCGACUUUGGGGAGUCAUUCCUCGACAAUGACACACCAACUGACACCAUGGCGAACAAGGAGAACGAGCCCGGGCUUGGAAUGGACUUUUCUAUGAAAUCGCCGGUCAACUACCGAGACUCGCACGACCUGUCGCUGCCAGCACGUCAGGUUACUCGAGACUCGCUCGUCACCAACAUGCUCAUGUCGUUGGACAAGUUUUCGCUGUCACAAAUCGACACCCCGUCGACCCCAAUGUCACCCUUUGACAAUGACAACGAAGCCGCCUACGGCUCUUCCAUGCCCAUGGGUAUGAGUGUGAGUAUGGGCGGGGAGGAGGUGAGGACGAUGUCGGGCAUUUCGGGCCACGGCAAUGCUCGUGCUGGGCGCGGCAUGCAUAGUAGCUCUUCUUACAAUAAUUUUCAUGGGAACCAAAAUGUCAACGGACAUGGAUACUCGUAUAGCUCCGACCUAGAGGGGACGGACGACGCCGCUAGUCGUAUUUCGAGUCAGUUCUCGCGUGGCCGGCGCAGUAAUAGCAGCUCCGGCUUUCAGUCGAGUCUUGGCAGAAUUAAUAGCCUUAACAUGCGCGAGACAUCCUCGGGGUCCCAGCGCGCCAACACCGUGGGCCCUGGACCCGGAACUGGACCUGGAUCUGGGACAAGCGGAGGGCGACCCUUACAUUCCAGAGGCGGCAAGACCAGCAAGAGCAGCAGCACCAACAGUUUCGAUCCUGGCUAUGCACAGGUGUUGAGCAGCCAGCGCAUCACACAUGGAAUCGGGAGGAGGUCUACCAGCUUCGAUUACGGCCACUCCUCCAAGCCCGUGCAUCACAGCAUCAACAACAGCAGCAACGAUAGAGACUGGAAUAUAGAGUUUUCCAACAACUCCCUAUUCAACGGCGAUUACGAAGUUGCCCCAACGCCAACCAUUCCCGGGGGUCCUCGUCGGUCGGCUGCAGCUAAACUGACACCCGCCCCUCCGCCCCUGCCGAAAGACCACGACCACUCCGACCGCAAGAAGAGUCUCAAGUCACGGCCAGUGAGCCGCGCCCCGAGCCGCCCUCCCCCCUCGAAACCUCGACAGUACGACAUGCCGCCGCAUGCCCCAAUUGCGGAUCUCGACUCAGCGCCCGCUCCCAACGUAGGAUACGAGAAAUCAAAGACUCGAGACCCCCCGGCCGUGGCCCCGGCAUCCGCACCACAAGCAAAAGAGCGGCCGGGGUUCUUCAGGAAGAUAUUUGGCGGAUCGUCCAAGAAUGUGUCAAGCGCCCUUGAGCCACCAAGCUCGACACCCGUUUCGGCAACAUCAGCUGAAACUAUCGAGCGUCAAAACUCCGGUAAAACAUCACAGCACAUUGCUUCCCAAAUGAAAGCAACCUCGGCCCCGCCGUCGAGGGAUUCACAGCACUCACAACCUCAGCAUGUCAUCCAGAAGAAGUCUUCAUUCUUUAGGAGAAGGAAGAAGUCAAUUGCCGAACCUCCACCGAUGCCGCAACCGCCUGUGACCGUAGUCUCCCCGCCUGCACCUGCGCCUGCGCCUGCGCCCAAGGCGAUGGACCUGGACCUCGAGCGCACCAUGACCAUGGCCAUCGAGCCCUCACAACACAGCCCUGUCAGCAGUCUACGCCAGGUUAUGAACCCCUUCCUGAGGGGCAGCAAUCCCGCAACACCGAGUGGCCUUCUGCCGCCCAAAUUCGAGAGGGAGUACGUCUCACCUGAGUAUGAUGUGGAAGACGAUGGCGAGUACGAACGGAGGAGAAAGAGCCGCGGCUUUUCGCCCGAAUAUGAUCCCAGCCCUAAUGCCACCAUCCGGACAGUCAAGUCGGUGUCUGCUCUUAACGUUCGGAACCGCGACUCUGCCAUGGCGGGCAGCUCUAGGAGGUCUCGCAAUCUGGAAAGUCCCAAUAGGGAGCCUCCACAAGCGACGGACUCAAGGCCAGUGCUUACUCGCGACGCCACAUCGUUCUUCGAGGACGGCAGUGACACUGACGGUGACAAGUCACUGAACCCACCAAUCACGGAGCGAUCGCCGGCGCGAUCGCCCACCUUAUUGAGCCCGGCCGAUUCCAAGGGGCUUCCUGGUGGAUUCCCCACACCGCCUAGCACGACUCCAAGGGAUUCUCCGCGACCAACACCCACACCCGAGCUCAAGGACAUCAAUGAAGAAUCCUCCUUCAAAGAGGCUACUUCACCCAGCUUGGUACUGCAGCACCAUAUCUCCAAUGAAGAAGGGAAACACAGACCAGAUAGUCUCGGGCUUCCCAUCCAGACCCAGUUCACCAACAGUCCAGGCAAGCCUUCAGGUUCUAACAGGGAGAUCUACCGGUCUCGCUCUGCCGCUACCCUUCCGAGUGUAAAGAUCGACAGCCCCAAGAUGACCGGAUCACCCUUGGAUGAGCCAGAAAUUACUGUAGGCGAGCCAACCGAGGAUGAUUUAUCAAAAGCCCGUCGUAUCUUCGACGGCAAUGAAGAUUUCAUACAAAGGGAACGAGCAGCAGCUUGGAUGGGCGAGGAAGGGCUCGUUCGCCAACGGACGCUCCGUGCCUACAUAGAGCUAUACGACUUCAACGAGAAGAGCGUUCUGACCGGUCUACGUGAGAUAUGCGACAGACUUAUCCUGCGUGCCGAAACUCAACAAAUUGAUCGUAUCUUGGUCGCUUUUUCUAAUCGUUGGUGUGAAUGCAAUCCUAAUCACGGUUUCAAGGCUAUGGAUGUGAUACAUACCAUGUGCUAUUCCAUCAUGCUGCUGAAUACCGAUCUUCACAUGGCAGACAUUGAGCAGAAGAUGACUCGCAGUCAGUUCGUUAAGAACACCAUGACCACCGUGAAGGCGGCACUGGCUGAUACGGAUCCGGAUGCGUUCGAAAGGCCUAGCAUUCUCCCGGGCAAGAAUGGCUUACUGAGCCCCUCAGAAACCGAGUCGCCGGCCCCCGAGCAAGAACGAAAGAAUUGGCGGCAAUCCUUCAUCCCACCGAGGUCUGACUCCCGGCUCGGUGAUUGCGGUGAUGUGGAGCAUGAUAGCUGUGGCCCUCUGGUGAAGUCACUGUUUCACGGCAAUAUGCGACAAUGGGAGGCUCAGAUGGAACUUGUGCUGAAAGACAUCUAUAACUCAAUCCGCGAUGAUAGCUUACCCCUGUUCGGUGGCGCCCCUGAGGCCCCACGGCCGCACCAACAAGGUGGUUUGUCUGUCAUGAAUAUGCUAAAGCGCACCCCAAGUGUUCUCAGCAAGGCUCCUUCGGAAUCUGCAUCCAUGACAAGAGGUCGCAUGGAUGGCCAAAAUGGCGGAAGAUGGAGCUCGAAGAGUCGGUCACGCCCUCGAAUCGGUACUGCUGGUGGCUUCUCGUCAAGCCGUACCAGCUUCGAAGACGGCAAUUCUAUGUGGAGUCCGACGGUAUCCUCCGCUACAUGGAGUCGCUACUCGCUGGGUAGGACCCAGACAUCUCCGUCCAUGGACUCGUUGGGCUCGCAUUUCUUGAGGGGCGACUACCAGCAGUCAAUCGGUUUUGCGAAUGCUCUCUCUCAAGCCAUCAUCCGCGAGGAUCACCAGCUUGAGACCACGCGAUCUGUUGUAAGUGACGAGAUCAACGGUGCUGCCCUCCUCGAUGACGAGUCGCUUGAGUUGAUGGGUCCACCAUGGGUCAAGGAGGGAAUUGUUAUUCACAAGCACCACCUCGAUGGCAUAGACAAGAAGGCUAAAGACCGCAAUUGGAGCGAGGUUUUUGUUGUCAUACAGAAAGGUCAAAUGAGCCUCUUCUCCUUUUCUACCAAGUCGAUGCGGCAUAAGGCACGCUCGGGACGCAAGCAGGCACCUGGGGCUGUUGUAGGUGGCGGCAACUGGCAAGACAAUGCUACUAAUAUGGGCACCUUCUCGCUGCGUCAAACAUUGGCAUCCGCGCUUCCUCCCCCUGGAUAUUCCAAGACUCGGCCGAAUGUGUGGGCUCUGAGUCUACCCACAGGAGCCGUACAUCUCUUCCAAGUUGGCACACCUGAAAUUAGCAAGGAGUUUGUGCUUACAGUCAACUAUUGGUCCGCACGCCUCUCAACUCAUCCACUCGUUGGUGGUAUCUCGAAUAUCGAGUACGGAUGGAGCGAUGCAUGUAUAAACAACGCACUCGUGACAGCCAUCGCAAAUGACAACCCCCUCCCUCCACGACCGGGAUCUGCGGCGGCUGGCCGAACAUCUAUGCACAGCCGCACUCGCAGCCGCCAGAGCAGCUUACGAUCUAGUUUUGAAAUGGGAGGAUCUGGCCCGCAGACAAAAUUACCCGGUGAUCGUAUCCACAUUGCCGAGUGGACACCACCUGCACAAUCGAUGCGACCCUCAAACUUCUCCGAAGGAGAACAGCUAGAGACCCUUCUGCACUACGUCAAGGGCAUUGAAGAAGAACUACAGAAACAUAAUCAGCUCCGCUCGCCAAUGCUGCUGGCCUUUACGCCUAGGGGCAACAACGCCACAAAAGCAAUGGCAAACUGGGAAAAGAAGUCUGCAUAUCUCCUCAGGGAGAUCGUCAAGUUUACAACAUACGUGGACUGUCUUCAAUUCGCGGACACAAGACGCAAAGAGAUUUAUGACGAACGGGAGGUUGCUAGACGAGCGGCAAGAGGCGAAAACGAGGAUGACGACGAGAUCCAUGAUGGCAACGACGACACCAUCAGAUCAUAAUAAGCCGACAAAGGCCCGACCUUUACGUUUCUGACCGUGUCUUUUUUUUUUAACGA